AUGUUGAAUGAAAUAUUAGAUACUUACUUUUUUGCAUUUAAUGCUUCUAGGGCUUUACAGCAUACAGAAAGUGAUAUUCUAUUAACAAUACCAAAAAUUCCCGAAUUAGAAAGUUCUACUGUGCCGGAUGAAGUUUUAUUAAAUAAUAAAUAUAUUAUUGACCAACUGGAAGAAGUAAUCAUGUCUUGGGGAACGCAUAUACAACUAGUAUUAAAAUCAUACAUUAAUAAGUUAGCUGAAGAUAAAGGACCAAUCGCUGAAUACCAUUAUUGGCAUGAACGUGAGACGGGACUGUCAAUUCUUGUCGAACAAUUAAAAAUUCCUAUUAUUCAGAGAAUGCUUAAACUAUUGAAUAAAAUUUUGUCUCCUAUACCUUCAGCUUUUAACCAUUUUAAAAACGAACUUUGGAAAUAUUACAAUGAAGCACGAGAUAAUACCAAAUUUCUCUUAACCAUUAUGAGACAUUUCAAGUUAAUAAGUCACACAGACAAAUUCAAGCAAAUUAACAACGUUAUUCCCUCCUUGUUAAAUGGAUUAAAAAUGAUGUGGAUAUUGUCAUCUUAUUAUUCUUCCGAAGAUAAAAUGAUGUCUUUAUUUGAAAGAAUUUCGUGGCAACUUUGUCAAAACAUCCGAACAAAUUUAUCAAUCGACAAGUUAUUUAACUAUCCAUUAGAAAUUGUUUUACAAAAAUCUAAAGAUGCUCACGAGAUGAUGAAAAAUUGGAAAAUAUCAUAUUUAAAAACGAGAGAUGAUAUUGAGUAUACAGGAAAAGGUGCACGUUGGGAAUUUGAUCAGAAACGUCUUUUUCAAGAGACAGAAUACAUAGCGGGUGUUUGCAAGGAUAUUAAUGUUGUAGCCAAUGUUAUUCAAGAUUUUUAUAAUAUAUUUGGAACCGAUUUGAAAUCAAUCAUUUACGAACCAGCACAUAUUGAUACGAUUAUAAAACGAGUUGGAUUAUUAUUGGAGCCAUUUAAGUUGGCCGAAUUCGAUGUCUUCAGUCCGUUUAACAAAGAAAAUUGGGAAGCAACAAUUUUACGUUUCAAUACAGAAGUUUCUUAUUUAGAAAAUGAUGCGAAAUUUUUCAUUGACGAAUGUUUCAAAGUUCUCAUCAACUCAAAAGAUGCACUCAAAAUGCUUUUCAAAUUCAAGGAUAGAAAAACUAGAGUUGCCAUACGAGACAUUUUAUCUAGUAAAUUUGAAAUGACUAUGCAACAAUUCAGUAAAGAAAUAGGCUCUGUGGAAAAUAUAUACAACAGAGGUAAACGAAAUCCUCCUUUAUUGACAUACCAUCCACCAAUAGCAGGCGCAAUUUUUUGGGCAAGACAAUUGUUUUAUUCUCUCAAAGGAUCUGUCUUAUACUUUCAAGACAUACAGGAAUUAAAACAUAAGAAAUUGAAGCUUAUGGGUUUCAGUCAAUAUCUUGAUAUAAGUAAACAGUUGAAGUCUUUUGAAGAAAUGAAGUUCAAUUCUUGGAUUGACAAAGCUCAAGAAACCAUUAACAGUAUUAUGGAAAGUAAUGUGCUCAAAGUAGUACCAAUAGAAGAGGAAAGCGAAGAAGACGAAGUUAAAUUAAAAAAUGGUGCCAUUUUGCGUACACAUAAAAGAUUAAAAGGGAGGGAGCAAAUGCCUGUUGGAAUUUUACACAAAUUAGACCAGUUAAUGUCAAAACCAAGCAUUGAUACUCUGAGUUCGAUUGGUGGUUCUAAAGCGAUAUCAAUCAGAGGAGGUAGUAGAUCGAUUCAUUCGCAGAAAGGUCAAAAAACAACUUCUGUUAUAUCCGUGCAAAGCAAACAAAACGCUUUUACUCAAAAACAAAAGUAUAUUGACUUUAUGCAAGACUCUACUCUGAUCGAAUGUCAAUUACGUUUCGAAAUCAAUUUUAAUUGGGAAAUUUUUGAAAUAAUUCGCGAGGCAGAACUGAUGGAACAAUUAGGUUUUAACUUGCCUGAUAUUAUAAGAAAUAUUGGUAUUCAGAAAAAUCGACUAAGGACAGACAUGGAGGCGGUAGAAAAAAUGAUUAAUGAAUACAACGUGAUCAUUGAUAAGUUAGACAAAUCGGAUAUCCAGUUGUUGAAAAACACUCUUCUUAGUAUUGAAAAACAUAUUCAACCAGGAAUUAUACGAUUUAAUUGGAAUUCUUUGAGUAUAAUUGACUAUACUACAUUAUGUGAAAAAUUAUUGAAAAAUUUAAAAUCUAUCGUUGAACAGAUUAAUCAAUUAAAAAAAGAAUUAGAUGAAAGAAUUACAUCUGAAAUACAGAAUUAUAAUUUAGUAUCUGUAAAUAUGCAAUCUGAUGCAUCAUCAAUCAAAGAAUCAAACAAUGGCGGUGAUGCAAAUUUAUUACCUUGCAAGGAAUUUUUUAUAGAAAUAGAGACUCACAGAACAGAGUUAAUUUGUGCGAUGUUAAAGGCAUAUCAUUCUACAAGCCCUAUGCUGUUGAAAAUUGAAAGCUUAGUGGAAGGAACUUCUACUGGAAGGAGUCCAACAAUGCGUCUUCUUUAUGAAAAAUAUGAAAAACAUUUAUUUGCAGCGUUUAUAACAUGUAUGGCCAAAAAUAUGGAAUUUUUGAAUAAGAUAUUAUCCGAUAACAAAGUGACAUUUCAAGUGGAUGCCGUAUUAGUAGCAUCAGAGGUCAUUUUAAGACCGUCGCCUAACGAAAUGAAUAAUAUUAUUGUACACAAUGUACAGGAUUUAUUAGAGAGAUUGAAAAUAUUUCCCAGAUGGAUGAAUGGUACUUGUAUAGAGUGUAAACCCCAAAGAAAAAAUUCCUCGGAAGAAUUGUUAACAGUUUCUUUCUUCGAAGAUGUGAUGAGUAUUCAAGUAAUUAACGAUCUUAUAAUAGCAAUUCAGGAUACAGCUUAUAAAAUAUCCGCUGAUUGUUGGAAGUAUUUACAAAAAUGGAAGAAAUAUUCUAAUCUUUGGACUUUUGAUAAAACUGUAGCUGGAGAAAAGUUUGCAUCGACUAAGCCUACACUUCGACAAUAUGAUGAAAAAUUUACAUUUUAUGGUGGUAUUUUAGAUGAGCUCGAUGAUAUGGAACGUAAUAUCGAUAUAUCUUGCAUACGGAUCAAUUUAAAACCAUUAAUGAGAGGUAUAGAACAGCAUGCAAUGGAAUGGAAGCAAGUGCUUGGUAAUUUUCUUCUUACCGAGACCAUGAAAAAAAUGAACGAGUUUAAAGAAUUAAUGGAGCAGUAUCGCAACAAAGUUGAAUUAGUAAUUACCGGAUUAGAACGCUUUACAAUGAUUAUGCAAGCUAUUUCUGAUAUUAAAAAAAUGGCUAUUCAAGCAGAAGUACAAUACAUGUCAUAUCAGGAAACCUUCAAAACCCUUUAUGCACAUGGAAUAGUAUUUUCUGAAAUGGAUGAAAAGAUGGCUUAUGAUAUUCAAACUGAUUGGGAAUCUUUGUACCUCGGAGCACUUUAUCGAGCUUCAACGAUUAUUACUACCAGAGAGAAAUUUGCUCAAAUGAUUCAAGAUCAAAUAAUAGAAUUCAAUAAUGAACUUGCCAAAUUCAUUGAAGAUUUUCUAAAUAAUGGUCCAGGCAGUGUUGGAGACAAUCUUGAUCUAGGUGUACAAAAGAUGACUGAGUAUGGAAAAUUGAUAGAAAAGUAUGAUGAGAAACGUCAUAAUUUGACAAACUCUCAAAUGUUAUUUGAUCUUGAUCCAGCUGAUUAUACAGCAUUUUUCAAAGUUCAAGAAGACUACGAAGGCAUGAAGACAUUAUUUAGUUUAUAUAAAGAACAAAAAGAUGCUAGGAGUGAAUGGGCUCAGACAUUGUGGGUGAAUUUGAACCCGCAACAAUUACUCGACGGUAUGGAACACUUCAUCAAACAGUUCCAAAGAUUUCCAAAAGCAGUGAAGAAGUUGAACAUUGGGCAGACUUUGGAAAUUAAUAUGAGAAACUUUAAAAAUUCUGUACCAUUAUUUGUUGAAUUGAAAAACGAAGCAAUGCGUGAAAGACAUUGGAUGGAUUUAAUGCAAAGAACUGGACAAUACUUUGAUAUGAAUCCAGAUAGGUUUACACUAGAAAAUAUGUUUGCCAUGGAUUUGGGGAGGUACCAAGAAAUAGCGCAAAGCAUCGUAACAAAUGCUAUUAAGGAAUUAGCAAUAGAAAAGGGGGUCAAAGAAAUUGCAGAAAUUUGGAAAAACACGGAAUUUACCGUAAUACGACAUUUUAAAGGACUUGAAGAUCGAGGAUUCAUUCUUGGUCCCAUUGACGAACUUAAUCAAAUCUUAGAGGAUAAUAUGUUAAAUGUGAGCAGCAUGGCAGCCUCACAAUUUAUCGGACCCUUUCUUAAUGUAGUUCAAAACUGGGAAAAGACUAUGCAUACAAUAUCAGAAGUAUUGGAAUUAUGGAUGCAACUACAACAAAAGUGGUUAUAUUUGGAAGGUAUUUUUGUGGGAGGAGAUAUUCGAUUGCAACUUCCAGAAGAGGCUAGAAAAUUCGAUGACAUUGACAAAGCAUAUAGAAAGAUUAUGAUGGAUACAUCAAGAAAAUUAAAUGUCCAUGAUUGCUGUACCAUUCAAGGAAGAAAGGAUGAAUUUAUGUCUAUGAUUGCCGGGCUUGAUAGAUGUCAGAAAUCCCUGACCGAUUAUUUGAAUAGCAAACGAAUUAUUUUUCCAAGGUUUAAUUUUAUCAGCGAUGAUGAAUUACUGAGCAUUCUUGGUAGCAGUGAUCCAUCAGUGAUUCAAGAACACAUUGGCAAAAUGUUUGAUAACUUAGAUAAGUUAAGUUUCAAUUUAAAUGAGGAAAAGAGAAAUGUAGUUACAGCACUUGUAUCAUGUGAAAAAGAAAUCAUGGAAUUAAAACAUUCUGUAUCCGUCGAAGGAAACAUUGAGAACUGGAUGGUUUUAGUUUUGAAUGAAAUGAAAAUAUCUAAUCGAUAUUUAACAAAAAAAGCCGUCUACGAUUAUGGAAAAAUAAGACGUCCAAGAUCUGAAUGGAUAUUAGAUUUUCAAGGAAUGAUGAUACUUGCUGCUAAUCAAAUCUGGUGGACCGCUGAAGUGGAAAAUGUUUUUAAUAAAAUAUCGAUGGGAAAGAAACAAGCUAUGAAAGAAUAUUUGCAACAACUGAACAAUCAACUUGACGAAGUAGUAUCGCUAAUGGGAAGUGAUUUGCUUACAAAUAAUGACAGAAAAAAAUUGGAUGCUUUAUUAACAAUCGAUGUACAUAUUCGCGACAUAAUUGAAGGUUUUGUAAGAGAUAGUAUUAUAGACCCAAUGGAAUUUGAAUGGGAAAGUCAAUUAAGAUUCUAUUGGGUACACGAUCUUGACAAUAUGUGGAUAUAUCAAUGUACGGGUGCUUUUGAAUAUGGAUAUGAAUACAUGGGUCUAAACGGACGAUUAGUAGUGACACCCUUAACAGAUAGAAUAUAUUUAACCCUUACUCAAGCAUUGUCGAUGCACUUGGGUGGAGCACCUGCUGGUCCUGCUGGUACUGGAAAAACUGAAACAACAAAGGAUUUAGCGAAAGCCUUAGGUUUAUUAUGUAUUGUUACAAAUUGCGGAGAAGGAAUGGAUUAUAUUGCAAUAGGUAAAACAUUGAGCGGGUUAGUUCAAUGCGGAGCGUGGGGCUGCUUCGACGAAUUUAACCGUAUCGAUGUUUCUGUUUUAUCCGUUAUUUCGACUCAACUUCAAACUAUACGCUCAGCAUUGCAAAUGAAAAGUAAACAUUUCACGUUCGAAGAUUACGAUAUUCCCUUGGAUACAAAAGUGGGUAUAUUUAUUACUAUGAAUCCCGGAUAUGCUGGUCGAACCGAAUUACCGGAAUCCGUUAAGGCCCUCUUCAGACCGGUAGUAUGCGUUGUGCCAGAUAACGAAUUAAUUUGUCAAAUCAAACUCUUCAGUGCUGGUUUUCUAACGGCUAAAAUUCUGGCAAAAAAGAUGGCAGUUUUGCAUAAAUUGGCGCAAGAACAACUUAGCAAACAAACGCAUUAUGACUUUGGGUUAAGAGCUAUGAAAUCUGUACUUAAUAUGGCUGGACAAUUAAAAAGAACAUCUGGCGACUUAGCAGAGAAUCUUGUCCUAAUGAGAGCUCUCAGGGAUAUGAAUCUUCCUAAAUUUAUAUAUGACGAUGUACCUUUAUUUUUGGGUCUUAUUACAGACUUAUUUCCUGAUCUUGACUGUCCCAGAGUAGAAUAUCCAGAUUUUAAUAGAGCUGCGAUCAAAAUGUUGGAAGAACAUAAUUAUAUUGUUUUAACCGAACAACUUGAGAAAAUCACUCAACUUUACGAAGUCAUGAUGAGUAGACAUUCGACAAUGAUCGUUGGUCCUACUGGAGGUGGAAAAACUGUUAUUAUCGAAAUAUUAUGUAUGGCUCAAACUUAUUUGAAUAUUCCCACCAGUCUUCAAAUCUUAAAUCCAAAGGCAUAUACUGUGGUUGAGUUAUACGGUAUACUAGACCCAAUAACACGGGAAUGGACAGAUGGCCUUCUUAGUAAUAUUUUUCGCGAAGUUAACAAACCUCUUGAUUCUGAACAAGAAGACAAAAAAUACAUAUUAUUUGAUGGAGAUGUCGAUGCAUUGUGGAUUGAAAAUAUGAACUCAGUAAUGGAUGACAAUAAACUUUUGACAUUGCCUAAUCAAGAAAGAAUAAAACUUCAAAAUCAUUGUAAUCUUCUCUUUGAAGUAGGUGAUUUAUUAUAUGCAUCUCCUGCUACUGUGUCAAGAGCUGGUAUGGUUUAUGUAGAUCCAAAGAACUUGGGUUAUCAACCAUAUAUCGAUAAAUGGAUAAAAUCUAAAAAUGAGGAUGAUCAACAAUUCCUUGCUAAAAUGUGCGAGAAAUAUGUACAUGGAGCGCUUAAUCUUAUUAUAGAAGGAAUGAUGGGAUUACAAAGAGUAAAACCACUUCAAAUGAUUAUUCCUCAAACGAAUUUAAACAUGGUAAUACAACUAUCGUAUGUGUUUGAUGGAUUGUAUUCUUUGCUACAAGCUGACGAAGAAGUUUUAAAAAGCAAGUCUUAUUUAACGGAUCAAGAUGAACAACCGAUUCAAUAUGAAUAUACUGCAACUAGAGAGGACCUACUAGAAGCAAUGUAUAUUCAAUCGUGUUAUUAUUCCUUAGGAGCUUCCUUAGUAGAGAAUGCUAGAAAGACUUUUGAUGAUUAUAUGAAAAAAACUACUGGAUUUAUGCUCGUUGAAGAUACGACUGAAAAACCAGCAACGAUACGAUACAUACCAAUUCUAUUUUAUACAUUGUACGAAUAUUUUUUGGACAUACACAAAAAAAUAUGGAUACCAUGGAAAUGGCUUGUACCUUUAUACGUUCACGAUCGGUUGAAAAAUUUUUCGGAAAUAUUAGUACCCACAGAAGACUCUUGUCGAGCAAUAUGGUUUAUCAAUUUAAUGAAUAAUCUACAAAGACCUACGCUAUUGGUUGGCGAAACUGGUACCUCCAAAACAGCUAUAAUUCACAAUUUUUUAAGGACCAUUGAUUCCGACAAAUAUAAAAAAUUACCUAUUAAUUUCUCAUCAAGAACAACUUCGAUGGAUGUGCAGAAAAGUAUUGAAUCAGCUGUGGAAAAACGAUCCAGAGAAAUAUAUGGGCCACCACCAGGAAAAAAGUUAAUUAUUUUCAUAGAUGAUAUGAAUAUGCCAAUGGUGGACACAUAUGGGACUCAACAACCGAUCGCAUUUCUCAAACUAUUACUUGGAAGAAGUGGUUUCUACGGUCGUGGAAAAGAUUUGAAUUGGAAAUAUAUCAAAGAUAUUUGCUAUUUAGCUGCUAUGGGAAAACCUGGUGGUGGAAGAAAGGAAGUCGAUCCACGAUUUAUUUCAAUGUUUUCAGUUUAUAAUGUUACUUUUCCAAUGAACGAAACGCUUCAUUAUAUUUAUAAGAGUAUUUUAAAGGGACAUUUAGAAAUAUUUCCAGAAGAAGUACAAUCUACCGUAGAUAAUAUUGUUCAUAUUACAUUGGAGCUUUAUCAGAUAGUUUUAACAGAAUUAUUGCCUACCCCAUCAAAAUUUCAUUAUAUUUUCAAUAUGCGAGAUCUUUCAAGAAUAAUGGCAGGUGUACUUCAAAGUCAUCCAGAUUAUUUUCCAACCGUAGAGCGAUUUGUUCGACUUUGGAGAAAUGAAUUUACAAGAGUGAUAUGCGACAGAUUAAUUACCGAAGAUGAUAAAAAUUUAAUAAAAGAACAUAUAGCUAACAAGAUAAAAGAUGUUUGGGAAGAAAAACCUGCAUUAAUUAAGUACACAUUAAGGGAUCCUUUGCUUUUUGGAGAUUUUAGAAAUGCUUGUUAUGAGGAUGAGCCUAGGUAUUACGAGGAUCUGUUGGACUACGAAGCUGUAUAUAAUCUACUUUUAGAGAUUUACGAAGAAUAUAACGAAAGGAAUAUUGCAAAAUUACAAAUGGUUCUUUUCAAUGAUGCAUUAGAACAUCUGACAAGAGUUCAUCGUAUUCUCAGAAUGCAUCGUGGCCACGCUCUCGUGGUAGGCACCAGCGGUAGUGGAAAGCAGUCAAUAAUAAGACUUGCUUCGUUCGCUGCUAAUAGUUCAAUCUUUGAAAUCAACUUGAGUCGUGGAUACAAUGAAAAUACUUUUCGCGAAGAUUUGAAAAGAUUGUACAAUAUGAUCGGUGUCGAGAAUAAGAAAAUAGUCUUUUUAUUCAGUGCUUCUCACAUAAUAAAUGAGAGUUUCUUGGAAUUGAUCAACAAUAUACUUAUGACGGGUCUAGUGCUUGCCCUUUUUACCGACGAAGAAAAAGAUAUAAUUAUUACUUCAUGUAGAGAUAAUGCUCUGACAGCUGGUUUUGAUAUUACGAGGGAAAGUGUAUGGGCAUUUUUUGAAAAGUCAUGUAUUGAUAAUUUACGCAUUGCCUUAUCUAUGAAUCUUGCUGAUGAGUUAUUGAGAAUACGCUGUCGUAAUUAUCCUGGUUUAGUGAACAGUACUACAAUAGAUUGGAUGUUUCCAUGGCCGGAUCAGGCAUUGAUCGCUGUAGCUAAUGUUACUUUAAGAGACAAUCCAAAUCUGCCGCAAGAAUAUAGAGAAGACAUAGUGUUGCACAUGGUGCACGUUCAUAAGUCUGUUAUUGAACGAUAUACUGUAGAUUUUCUAGUUAAAUUAAGACGAAAAAAUUAUGUUACACCAAAAGAUUAUCUUAAUUUUAUAAACACGUUCUUGCGUUUAUUAAUUGAGAAAAGAGAUUAUAUAAAGACGCAAUGUGAUCGUCUGACUGGAGGUUUACAAAAAAUCGAAGAAGCGUCAAUUACUUUAGCCGAAUUGAAUAAGAUUCUGGCUGUACAAAGAGUUAAAGUAGCCGACCAAACGAGGAAUUGUGAACAAUUAUUAUCUUCCAUUGGUGAAAGUACAGAUAUUGCAAUGGAAAAAAAAGAACAGAGCGUGAACAAGCAAAAAGAAAUUGAAGAGAAAAGAAAACUCAUUGGAAAAGAAGAGUCUGAAGCCAAAGUAGCUCUUGCUGCGGCUCAGCCUGCUUUAGACGCUGCAAGAUUGGCUCUUGGAGAACUCGAUAAGUCGGACAUCACUGAAAUAAGAUCAUUUGCUACGCCUCCAAAGCCCGUACAAAUAGUCUCUGAAUGUGUAGCCAUAUUACGAGGUAUCAAGGACAUAUCUUGGAAAGGUGCAAAGGGUAUGAUGAACGAUCCAAGUUUUUUAAGAUUGUUACAAGAAAUGAACUGUGAACAAAUCACGCAGAGGCAGCAACAAGCUGUCAGAGCGCACUUAAGGAAGUCCACGAAAAUGGAUCAAAUGGAGUCAAUUAGUAAAGCUGGAUAUGGCCUUUAUAAAUUUGUCUUGGCCGUGUUAGAUUAUUGCGCAGUCUACAGAGAAGUUAAACCAAAGAUGGAAAGAGUUCAAAUGCUACAAAUAGAAUCUGAAAGAGCACAAAAAGCUUUAGAAAAAGAAGAACGUGAAUUGAAACGAAUAGAAAAGAUUAUAGAAGAUCUAAAUGUUAAAUACGAAUCUGCUAUGACGGAAAAGCAAAAGCUUCAAGAAGAAACGAAUCUUUUGCAACGAAGGCUAAUUGCCGCUGACAAAUUAAUCGGUGGUCUCUCUUCGGAAAAUAUCCGUUGGCAAAAAGAAUUGAAAGAAUUACACGAAGAAGAAGAAAAGAUCAUUGGAAAUUGUCUACUUUCUUCUGGAUUUCUCGCCUAUUGUGGACCAUUUUCAUACGAAUUCAGGAACGAUAUGAUUUAUAACGACUGGUCGAGAAGCAUCGCAGAAAGAAGAAUACCGCUUUCGGAACCGUUUAAUAUACAAACACAGCUUAGCGAUGAUGUGGAAAUUAGCAAAUGGACCUCGGAAGGACUUCCACCGGAUGAGCUUUCUAUACAAAAUGGUAUCCUAACGCUAAAAGCUUCAAGAUUUCCAUUAUGCAUUGAUCCUCAGCAGCAAGCAUUAGAAUGGAUUAAAAAAAAGGAACGAAAUAAAAACUUGAAAAUUAUUUCUUUUGCCGAUGCAGAUUUUUUGAAACAAGUCGAACUAGCAAUAAAAUAUGGUUUACCAAUUUUAUUUCAAGACGUUGACGAAGUCGAUCCUGUUCUAAAUAAUGUUAUAUCGAAAAAUAUUCAAUCAAUAGGAGGAAGAACCUUUGUUAUGUUAGGUUCUAAAGAAGUUGAUUAUGAUCCAAGAUUUCGCAUAUAUUUAACUACCAAAAUGUCAAAUCCUAUCUUCAAUCCUGCCGUCUAUUCAAAAGCUAUUGUCAUAAACUAUACAGUGACUACUGCAGGUUUAGAAGAUCAACUAUUAUCAGUAGUAGUGAGAAUCGAACGACCAGAUAUCGAAGAACAACGCGAAAGACUUAUAACUGAAAUAAGUGAAAAUAAAAAUUUACUUCGACAACUCGAAAAUAGUCUUUUACGAGAAAUUUCCACGAACAAAGGCAAUAUGCUGGAUAACAUUGACUUAAUUGAAACUUUAGAAAAUACCAAAUCAAGUGCUAGCGAAGUGACAACGAAACUCUUCCUGGGUGAAGUGACGGCUGUUGAUUUAAAUAAAUUACGGGAUGGUUAUCGGCCAGUAGCAAAAAGAGGGGCUAUUUUGUUUUUCGUUUUAACUGAAUUGCCUACGGUGAAUACAAUGUAUCAGUAUUCCUUGAACAAUUACAUUGAAGUUUUCAUAUUAUCUUUAAGAAAAGCUUUACCAGAUCCAACUUUGGUCAAACGUCUUCGUAACAUUAUUCCAAUAUUGACAAAAAAUGUUUAUGAUUAUGGAUGCACGGGAAUAUUUGAAAAGCAUAAAAUUCUGUAUUCAUUCAAAAUCUGCAUAGACAUAGAACAGAGUGUUAAUAAUGUUAAACAGCAACAAUUGGAUUUCUUUAUAAAAGGAUGCGUUACUACUAAGAUGUCAAGCAGAGUUAAUCCUAUUAAAUGGUUACCUUCCAGUGGAUGGGAAGACUUAUUAAAAUUAGCUAAUGAUUUUCCUGAAACCUUUGCUAAUCUGCCUGAUAAUAUUACUGAAAAUAUGGACCAGUGGAAAAAUUGGUAUGACAUGGAUGAUCCAGAGUCACAAGAAUUUCCUUCUAAUUAUUCUGCUGUGUUAAAACCAUUCGAAAAAUUAAUGUUAAUACGAUGUUUUCGCGUGGAUAGAGUCUAUCGAGCUGUUAUUAAUUAUAUAACCGAAGUUAUGGGGGAAGAGUAUGUAACGCCGCCCCAUGUCAAUCUGGAUUUAAUUUUUCAACAAUCCACUGCUAUGAUGCCAAUAAUUUUAAUUUUAAGUCCCGGUUCGGACCCUACCUCUCAAUUAAUGAAACUAGCAGAACGAUAUGGUUUCGGUGGAGGAAAAUUCAGAUACUUAUCACUUGGUCAAAAUCAAGAAAAAAAUGCAAUAGAAUUAUUAGAAACAGCUAUAUUUAGAGGACAAUGGUUGAUGUUACAAAAUGGUCAUUUAUUAUUAGAUUUCAUCAAAGAAUUGGAAAGCCAUUUAGACAAUUUAGAGAAACCGCAUCCUGAUUUUCGACUAUGGCUUACAACUGAACCAACUCCCGAUUUUCCCAUAGGAAUUUUACAACAAUCUGUAAAAGUUGUUACAGAACCACCAAACGGUUUAAAACUUAAUUUACAAAAUACUUACUUAAAAAUGCCACCACAGACUCUGGAGAAUUGUAAUCAUCCUGCAUAUAAACACCUCAUUUAUGUACUAGCUUUUUAUCAUGCAGUUGUACAGGAAAGAAGAAAAUACGAUAAAAUUGGAUGGAAUAUAAGUUAUGAUUUUAACGAAUCAGAUUUUAAUGUAUGUACUUCUAUAAUAGAUACUUAUUUGUCAAAAGCUUUAAAGUUUAACGAUACACGGAUACCAUGGAAUAGUUUAAAAUAUUUAAUAGGAGAAGUAAUGUAUGGCGGGAGAGUAAUCGAUAGUUACGAUCGUCGAGUAUCGGAAACUUACAUGAAUGAAUUCUUUGGUGAUUUCCUAUUCAACACCUUCCAACCUUUUCAUUUUUAUCAGGACAACUACGUUGAUUACGUCAUUCCACCAGAAGGAGAUCACGAAGCGUAUUUAAAUUUCAUCGAAGAAUUACCACUGGUCAAUACUCCAGCAGUUUUUGGUCUUCAUUCUAACGCUGAAAUUGGUUACUUUAAUCAAGCUACUAGAGAGUUAUGGGCCAAUCUGAUAGAACUACAGCCACAAACGGCAAUUAGCACAACAGGAAUUAGUAAAGAAGAAUUUAUAGACAACAUAGCAAAGGACAUUCUUGAAAGGAUACCUUUAGAAUUUGAUUUAAAUAAAGUAAAAAAAAAUUUUGGAGUGGGCGUCACACCAUCGACAAUUGUACUCUUCCAAGAAUUAGAAAGGAUUAAUAAAUUAAUAAAUACGAUUUCAAGGACUCUCUCUCAACUACGAAAGGCUAUUGCAGGAGAGAUAGAAAUGGAUUCUAUUCUUGAUAAUAUUUCUAUUGCCCUGUAUAAUGGUAUUUUACCUAAGGAAUGGCUCAGACUAGCACCAGAUACAAGAAAAAAUCUCGCUAAUUGGAUGGAUCACUUUCAAAAGAGAAUAACACAAUAUACAGAUUGGUCUGGUGCCAAUGAACCAAUAGUUAUGUGGUUAUCUGGUUUGCACGUCCCAGAAACUUAUCUAGCAGCUCUAGUACAAAUAACAUGUCGUAGAAAUAAUUGGCCGUUAGAUCACUCGCUUAUUUAUACAACCGUAACUAAAUUUACCAAAGUCGAUGCUAUAGAAGAAAAACCUGAACAAGGUUGCUACAUACAUGGCCUAUAUUUGGAAGGAGCUCGAUGGGAUGUGGAAGAAAACUGUCUUAAAAGGUCUUAUCCAAAAAUUCUUACUGAAAAAUUGCCAAUUCUUUUGGUAAUACCUAUUCAAGCUCAUAGACUCAAACUUCAGAAUACAGUAAAAACUCCAGUAUACACAACAUCAAAUAGGCGAGAUGCAAUGGGUAAAGGUUUGAUAUUUGAAGCAGAUCUUUCAACGGAGGAACAUGUUUCGCACUGGAUUUUACAGGGUGUAUGCCUUUUACUCAACACAGACUAAAUUAAUUUCAU